AUGAUGGUCGAGCUGCGCGCCACCGUCGUGGGCCGCGCCGACCCCUUCCUGUUCGCGCUGUCCGCCGACCACAAGGUGCGCUCGGCCGUGCGUCUCCUCGUCGAAGAAGAAGCGCGCCACCGGCUCCCGCCCGUCGUCUUCCACGAUGGCAAAGAAGACAGCAGCAGCAGCUACAACAACAACAAUGAUGGACCAACGACGAAGAACAAGAAGAGCGAGAAGGAGAAGAAAGAGAAGAAGGAGCGGAAGAAGAGGCGAGAGCGAGACGGUGGCGAUGAUGGCGGUGAUGGCGAAGACGACGGCGGACCGCGUUUGGUAGUGCUGCCGCGCCCGUUCGGCAGCGCGGAGCCCAGACGCGAGAGUCUGCUCGCCGAUCCCGAUGCCAUCCUGGGCUCCCUCCAGCUUACUCCCGAAGAUACGGUGGUGUUGAUGCACGAUGUGGUGCUGGUGAAGGUGUACAUGUGCGAGGCGAGCAACGGCACGGCGACGGACUCGGGCGGCGCGGAGGCGGCGGCCGUGGUGCCGAUCGACUUCGGGGCCAAGCUCAAGCACUCGCUGGCCCUCCUGCGCGCCAUCUUCUUCGACCCGCGUGCGCCCGAGGAGGACUUUGCCCUCCUCUACUCCGCCGCCACAAUCGACGUUAACGCCAUCGACGGAAUAAACCGGUGGGUGACCAUCAACGAGUCGCCGCGAGACCAGAAGCUCGACCCGCAGGGCAAGAUGACCGUCUUCCCCAUCUCCCAUUUAUUGACACUACCGGCCAACACCAAACACUUCCUGCCGGCCGAGCGGGAGGGCUUCCUCCUCUUCAAAGAGCCCCUCAAGUCCGGGCGGCGAGGAGGCCAGCACGGGAAGCGGCUGUGCUUUCACAUCAAGGACUACCUCCUCUUCGUGUGGCCCAACCAAAUUGACCUGUCGAGCAAGAAGCCGCCGAAGCGGGUCAUCCCGCUGGACCACUACUGCAUCCAGUCCGUGAGCAACGAGCCGCCCGUCUACACCUUCUCCCUGCGCCGAGACCCCACCCUUGGCAUCGAUGACGCCGAGACCCCGCACACGCUCUACCACAUCUCCUCCAAGGAGCCCGAGACCCACCAGAAGUGGGUUGAAGCCGUCCAGUCCAAGUGUGUGAAUACGGAGCCGACGAAGUUGUUUGGGGUGGAGUUGAACACGGUAAUGGCGCGCAAGCGAGAAGUGAACAACCGAAUCCCCGUCAUGCUCCAGAAAUGCAUCGCCUACCUCGACAAAUACGGGCUGGACAAGGAGGGAAUAUUCCGGAUAUCCGGCGACGCCCUCGAGAUCGAAGCCUACAAGCAGGCCUUCGACAGCAACGAGGACGUGGAGUUCAAGGCGGGCACAGAUGUGCACGUGUACGACUGUUUUGUGGUGGCUCAUUCGCAACUGCGAGACUUCAGCCCGGACAAAGACACGGUGACCCGCAAGAUGGUGGAGCUCCUCGUCGGCCUCUCCUCGCACCACAACAACGUCCUCCAUGUGUUGACGCAGUUCCUGGCGCGCGUGGAAAAGUUCUCAGAGAAGAACCUCAUGCACCUCAGCAACCUUGCCACCAUCUUCGGCCCCAACUUGCUGCGACGACCCAACGGGGCGAAUGAACGCGACGUGUUCAAGACUUUGCGGCUGUCGCUGCCCUCGAAUGCGAUAUUGGCGCCCAUCGUGCUGCCGUCGCUGCCGAUCCACAUGACCGUGUCGUCACCGCGCCACACGCACGCGAGGCACCACUCCAUGACGGCCGUCUUCUUUUCGCCCCGCUCGGCCUCCGACGCACCGCCCGCCGCCACCCCGGCGGCGACCAAGGAGCGGUCGGCCACGAUCUCGGGCACGCCGCGGGCGCGGAUGGCGACGGCGAGCCUGAGCAGCAGCAGCGGCUACAGCGUAGCGAGGCGCGAGGACAAAGAGCGCGAGCGGCAGCGCAAGAAGGAGAAGAAGGAGCAGAGGGAGAAGAAGGAGAAGAAGGACGAGGAGAAGAAGCGACAGAAGGAGCUGCACAAGGAGCUCCGGUCCAGCAAGAAGCGCGAGAUCAAGCGCGAUUAG